CGCUGUGGUUUUAUUCAAGAUGGCGGGGCUGCAACUCGGGCAGUAUGGCGGCGCGUCGAGAAUUGUAAAAUGAUUUAGAAAGGUAGUUAGGUGCCCAGUAGGAGACAAGUUGUGUCACAUUUUUCGCUUCCAGAAGAUACCAGUGGAGGAUGAUCAGAGACUAGAUCCCAUAUUAAGCUGAAUGCAUUGUGAUUUCCAAUAAUUGAGACAGUGAUUCUGAAAGCUGUCUGCAUUAAUGAAAAGAACAAUGUAGUCAGCUUAGCAUUUUCACCUCUGGUACGUGGUCUAUACAGGGAUGUGCUUCUGCAUGCAUUCUGGAUUUAGAUAAGAAGAAAGUAUCUCAACAGGUCAGAUUUUUAGAAUAAAUUAUCAGUAUAAGUUGUAGAAAUGGAGAUAGAUGAUGUUCUACCCCCUCUCCCCUUGGAGUCACCUGAUGAUUUUGGCCAAGAUGAAGGCAGAGCACCUCCACCACCUCCCCUGCAAACGUCCAGUGACGCAGAGGUAAUGGACGUUAGCUCUGGUGGUGAUGGAUACACCUACACCCCAGGGGACGGGGAACCCCAGCCACAACAGCCCAUCAGCAUGGGCUCAGUAACUUUCUGUAGCCACCUCUCAGAUGAGGCCAAUCCCAACCCACCGUGCCCCAGAACAGCCCGCCACGCUCCCCCGGUCACCAACUUUCUACCAGACCUCAAGCUGCUCAAAGAUGUUAAGAUCCGUGUGAGCUUCACUGAAAGCAGCAGUAGCAAAGACAGGAAGGUUUUGUACACAGGUGAAGGGCAGGAGGGAGGAAGUGAUGAUGGUUUAGACAGCAUGAAUGGUGAGUUGCAUGACUCGAGUGAGCAGGAGGUAGCUGAGGGUAGCUCUGGAGCAGGAAACGUAGCAGGCAGAAGAUCAGAGGAGGCUGAGGUAGACGUGGAAAACAAGGUAGAGUUCGCUGUCCUGGAUGAGUUGGAUGACUUCUACGAGAACUUCCUGGAUCAUGACGAUGGGGGUCAUGGCGGCUUUAAGUCUCAGGUCAUAGUUCAGCAGGAGCAAGCAGAUGACGAGGCUGUGACUUACGCCUACGAGGAGGAGUUUGACAAUGAUGUUGAUGCUCUGCUGGAGGAGGGCAUGCCAGUCCCAAAAAAGAUGCGUCUGGCAGACGACAAAUGUGGCGCAGACAGUGAUCAUCACUCAGAUGAUGAAGGAGGUGUUCAGCCCAUGAUGACCAAAAUUAAGACUGUCCUGAAGAGUCGGGGGCGUCCGCCCACUGAGCCUCUACCUGAUGGGUGGAUCAUGACAUUCCAUAACUCGGGCAUUCCAGUCUACCUGCACAGAGAGACCAGGGUGGUCACUUGGUCCAGACCCUACUUCCUUGGAACCGGCAGUAUUAGGAAACACGACCCUCCUACUAGCAGCAUCCCUUGCCUACACUACAAGAAAAUGAAGGAACAUGAGGAAAGGGAACUGAAUGGGGAAGUGACAGUUAAUGCAGGGGAGUCUCCAGUCAAGCCCAGUCAGGUGGCCAAUGGCGAAGAGAGAGCAGGCAAGUCGGAUGCUACAGCUGAGGAGCAGGGCGACGUCCCUCCCCCUAGUCUGACUGGCAUUUGCCCAGGUGGGGAGGGUACCGUUGAUAAGAACUUGCAAGGUAAAGAGUCCCAGCCCUGUGACACUGCCCAAGGAGCCUUAGGACAAGUCAAGGCCAAGGUUGAAGUGUGCAAGGACGAGUCCAUAGAACUUGAAGAGUUUCGCCUGUACCUGGAAAAAUGCUUUGACUUUGAACAAGUCACUGUCAAGAAGUUUCGUACCUGGGCUGAGCGAAGGCAGUUCAACAGAGACACAAAGAGGAAGCAGGCAGAGUCCGAGAGACCUAUCCUGCCUGCCAACCAGAAACUCAUCACACUGUCUGUCCAAGAUGCCCCCACUAAGAAAGAAUUUGUGAUCAACCCCAACGGAAAGUCUGAAGUUUGCAUCUUGCAUGAAUAUAUGCAACGUGUCCUAAAGGUUCGACCUGUUUACAACUUUUUUGAAUGUGAGAACCCAAGUGAACCCUUCGGAGCGUCUGUCAUUAUAGAUGGAGUAACUUACGGCACAGGAACCGCAAGCAGUAAAAAACUUGCCAAGAAUAAAGCUGCUCGAGCCACACUGGAAAUCCUCAUCCCUGACUUUGUGAAGCAGACCUCAGAGGAAAAGCCUGUUGAGGGCGACGAACUGGAGUAUUUUAAUCAUAUCAGUAUAGAAGACUCGAGGGUGUACGAGCUGACCAACAAAGCGGGACUACUUUCGCCAUAUCAGAUUCUUCAUGAGUGCCUUAAAAGAAACCAUGGAAUGGGAGACACCAGCAUUAAAUUUGAGGUGAUCCCAGGGAAAAACCAGAAGAGUGAAUACGUGAUGACGUGUGGGAAGCACACUGUGCGUGGCUGGUGCAAGAACAAGAGGGUUGGCAAACAACUAGCAUCGCAGAAGAUCCUGCAGAUGCUUCAUCCUCACGUCAAGAACUGGGGUUCACUGCUGCGCAUGUAUGGCAGAGAGAGCAAUAAGAUGGUCAAGAAGGAGAACUCUGACAAAAGUGUCAUCGAGCUCCAGCAGUAUGCCAAAAAGAACAAGCCAAACCUUCAUAUCUUGAACAAACUGCAAGAAGAAAUGAGGAAAUUAGCCAUGCAGCGGGAGGAAACUAGGAAGAAACCCAAGAUGACUAUAAUGGAGUCUGCCCAGCCAGGGAGUGAACCCCUCUGCACUGUUGACGUUUAAGUCUCGGAAUCACUGAUGAACCACGGCACUGAAACCCCAGUCACUGUCAGACAUCACCACCAUCCAUCUCUUACUUAUGCAUCACUGAGAUCUAAUGGCAAUAUAGCUACACGUCGUUUCAUUGGUUAAGCUGGUACAGGUAGGACUAAAUGCACUAACAGACAGUAGAGCAAAUAUCGUCUACCUCUCUAGAUGCAUCCUCACUAUGGCGCUAGAAGAAAAUCACCCAGGCUGCAGAGAAGUUAACAUGACUUGAUAGCACAUGAACCACAACAGAAAUAAAAAUGCAUGCUUCUUUCACCACAAAAGCCACUACACACACCUUGGUUUUGUUUUGAAGUGGUGUUUUUAACAGUACCAGCACCUAUUAGUUUUGUUUGUGCUUUAAAGUAUUUGAAAGGGACUACUAAUACGUGUGUGUUUGUGUGAUAAACAAACUUAUUAGGUAUUUCAGUGGUUGGUGUUAUGGAUAUUAUGGGUGAUGAAUACAAAAAAAACGGCGUUUUGUUUUUCCUCAGAAUGGACAGUUGCUCUCUUGGUUUGCACGAUUUACAAACAUGUUGUGAAGUGAUCGUUAUUCAGAACUAUUGUUAUGCACUUGUCUCCUGUCGGAUAUUUCUGUUGACUGAUCAUGCUUGUUGGUACAGGAACAACUGCUUUUGAGAUAUUUGGAGGGACUUGUUGCCUUUUUUCCCCCCCCUCACCCUCUUUUGCUUUGGCAAUGCAACAAACUGAUGUCCUGCUCCCAUGCUGACACUGCAGUAAACCCAAGCACAGGGCCACAGAGUACUGUAAUGUUUAAAGUAAAGAAUUUAUUUUAUACUCUUAACGAAUGCCAUGCACACAAACUAACCACUUGUUACAUUUCAGUAGCUUUUCAUUUUUUGGUGCCCUUAAGAAAUCACGUUGGCUACAUGUUGCCUUAGUUAAUCCAUUUCAGGAAGGGCUCAGAGUAUAUACAGUACAUUGGACCUAAAACACCCUUCAGCAGGAAGUGGAAAGACCAAGCCCCCUUUACUUGAUAAAGCAUUUAUUCUUUAGCCAAUUAGUAUUUGAAUGAAGACAGCCUGAAAAACAUCAGAUCCUGCAUGUGCAGAUUUUUAAGACUCGUCUUAAUGGAUUGUGUACUUUGUUUGUGUAACUUUGCCUUCAUUGUGACAGUUGAGCAUAUUUUAGCAUACAUUUUUCAAAAGGCAGCCUUGCAAAAUGUAGUUUGUACACUGAACAACAUGCGAUUUAGUCCAACACAAGCUGGUGAAAAGUGUGUGUGUGUAUACCAAAGCUUACUUACAGUCUUAUGCAUUUUAUAGAAUAAUGUUGCUGCAAACUGUACAGUAGAAACAUCUAACACACAAAAAUACAUAGAUGCAUUACUUGCUGGAACAAAAUAGAAACUGCUGUGCAUUAUUUGGCUUUUUUUACAACAAAAACCCAUCACAGUUUAAACACAAGGCUGUUGUGAUAUUGUAGAUUAAUUUAAGAAUGUGCUUUCCCCUCUGCGCUUGUUAUCUUGCCAAGUGUCAGUGUGAGAAGAGAAAAAAAAAAAAUACUGCUUUUACAUGUUGCUGUUGAGUUGUCCCAAUGUCUUGUUUGACAUGUUGCUGCCUAGAAAAUGAAGUAUGUAUUGCAACCUGAGCUCCAUGACUUCAGUGAUAUUUGUUAUGCAAAAUAAAAUGUCUUGACUAAUGACUA